AUGAUCAUCAUUUCUUGGAACUAUCGGGGAGCAGGAUGCAAAGCUUUCCCGGGUAUCAUUAAAGAUCUUGUUCAAAAGUAUAAAGUUGACAUUCUCUGUCUUCAAGAAACACGUAUUAGUGGUUCAAAGGCUGAUUGUGUUGUUCGUUGCUUGGGUUUUGAUAAAUGGAUUAGACUUGAAGCUAUUGGAUUUUUCGAUGACUGGAUUGUGCUUGGUGACUUCAAUGCAUUCUUACGUGCUGAUGACAAGCUUGGUGGUUCAGGUCUAACUUGGUUUUCCCUUUCAGAUUUUCAUAAUUGUAUCAAUGAUUUGGGGCUACUUGAAUUACUUAUUAUUGGAGACAAAUACACUUGGGAGGGUCACAAUGUGAAAGAACGUCUUGAUUGGGCUUUCUGUAACCUAUCCUGUGAAUUUAAUCAUCCAAACAGUAAAGAGCAUCAUCUCCUCAAAUUUAAAUCAGAUCACAAAGCAAUUGCCAUUUCAGAUGUACUCACUCAUAACUCACCCAAUAGACCUGCCCAGUUUAAAUACCAAGUUGCUUGGAAUCUUGAACCUGACUUUGGAAAUCUUGUUUCAAAUGCCUGGCUGAAUCAUGACUGGGUUGAUGGUGUUUCUUCUUUUCAAUCUUCUAUAAACUCAUGGAACGAUUUGAAGAAAUCUAGAUGUCGAUGGUUGCAAUGGGGUGAUAAAAACACUAAAUUCUUCUAUGCCUCUGCUGUUAUCAAGAAAAGGAGAAAAAGGAUUGAGGCAUUAAAAAAUGACGCGGGUGACUGGAUAGAAGACUCUGAAUCCUUGAAAUCUAUGGCCUCAGAGUACUAUAAGAAUUUAUAUUCCAAAGAUAUAAAUGCCAUACCUGAUUCAACAUGGCCUAAUUACUUCCCUCAAAUUGAUAGUGAGACCCUCCUUUAUCUCAAUUCUGAUGUUACUGAUAUUGAAAUAAAAAAUGCAGCUUUUGCAUUGGACGUGUUCAAAGCCCCAGGACCGGAUGGAAUUCAAGCACACUUCUUUCAUAGCUAA